AUGUCACGGGACAUUACUGCAGGUUCUCAUGUAUGGGUUGGAGACUCAGAAUUAGCUUGGAUUGAUGGUAUUGUAAUUAACGUUUAUGGAGCUGAAGCUGUGAUUCAAACUAGUGAUGGCAGGAUGGUUACUACAAAUUUGUCAAAAAUAUAUCCAAAGGAUGUGGAAGCUCCCGCUGGGGGUGUUGAUGACAUGACUAAACUGUCAUACUUGCACGAGCCUGCCGUCCUCUACAAUCUGGCCACCAGAUAUGAAAUAAAUGAAAUUUAUGCAUACUGCGGGAACAUUCUCAUUGCUAUCAAUCCGUUCCAAGCACUCUCACAUUUGUAUGAUGUUUAUUUGAUGGAGCGCUAUAAAGGAGCUCAACUUGGGGAGCUGAGCCCUCAUGUUUAUGCAAUUGCUGAUGUUGCAUAUAGGGCAAUGAUUAAAGAGGGAAAAAGCAACUCUAUACUGGUCAGCGGUGAAAGUGGGGCAGGUAAGACUGAAACCACCAAAAUGCUUAUGCGUUAUCUUGCAUUUUUGGGUGGCCAUGCUGCUGCUGAAGGACGGACUGUUGAACAACAAGUUCUAGAAUCAAAUCCUGUUCUUGAAGCAUUUGGCAAUGCAAAAACUGUCAAAAAUAACAAUUCGAGUCGUUUUGGAAAAUUUGUUGAGAUUCAAUUUGAUAAGCAUGGACAAAUAUCAGGGGCAGCCAUCAGAACUUAUCUCCUAGAAAAAUCUCGUGUAUGCCAAAUUUCAGAUCCUGAACGGAACUACCACUGUUUUUACCUUCUUUGUGCUGCACCACUGGAGGAGAUUGAGAGAUAUAAGUUGGGGGAUCCUAAGUCGUUUCAUUAUCUUAAUCAAUCUAAUUGCUAUGAACUGGUUGGUAUAAGUGAUGCCCACGAUUAUCUUGCCACCCGGAAAGCUAUGGAUAUUGUUGGGAUAAGUGAGAAAGAACAGGAGGCAAUUUUCAGAGUUGUGGCUGCAAUUCUUCAUCUUGGCAAUAUUGCAUUUGCUAAGGGAGAAGAAGAUUCAUCCAUAUUACAGGAUGACGAAUCCAAAUUCCAUCUUCAAAUGACAGCAGAGCUACUUAUGUGCAAUCCUCAAGCAUUGGAAGUUGCACUAUGUAAGCGCGUAAUGAUAACCCCAGAAGAAAUUAUAGAAAGGAGUCUUGAUCCACUUGGUGCAGCAGUUAGCAGGGAUGGUUUAGCAAAGACAAUAUAUUCCCGCUUGUUUGACUGGUUGGUUAACAAAAUCAAUGUCUCCAUUGGGCAAGAUCCUCAUUCAGAAUGUCUCAUUGGAGUCCUUGACAUUUAUGGUUUCGAAAGCUUUAAAAUUAGCAGUUUUGAGCAGUUUUGUAUAAACUUCACCAACGAAAAGCUGCAACAACAUUUCAACCAGCAUGUAUUCAAGAUGGAGCAAGCUGAGUACCAAAAUGAGGAAAUAGAUUGGAGCUAUGUAGAGUUUGUUGAUAAUCAAGAUGUCUUGGAUCUUAUCGAAAAGAAACCAGGUGGGAUCAUUUCUCUUCUUGAUGAAGCAUGUAUGUUUCCAAAAUCAACCCAUGAAACCUUUGCACAAAAGCUAUAUCAGACAUUCAAGGAUCACAAACGCUUUGUAAAGCCAAAAUUGGCUCGCACAGAGUUUACCAUUGCUCAUUAUGCAGGAGAGGUCCAAUAUCAGUCUGAUCAGUUUUUAGACAAAAACAAAGACUAUGUUGUGCCUGAACAUCAGGAUUUGUUGAGUGCUUCCAAAUGUUCUUUUGUAGCAGGCCUUUUCCCUCCACUUUCUGAGGAGACUGCUAAAUCUGGCAAGUUCUCAUCUAUUGGUUCUCGUUUUAAGUUACAAUUACAGCAACUGAUGGAUAUACUAAACUCUACUGAACCCCACUACAUCAGAUGUAUAAAGCCAAACAAUGAAUUAAAACCUGCACUAUUUGAGAAUGUCAAUGUCUUGCAGCAACUACGUUCUGGUGGUGUUCUAGAGGCAAUCAGAGUCAAGUGUGAGGGAUACCCUACUCAUAGAACCUUUACUGAAUUUCUAAACCGAUUUGCUAUUCUUGCACCAGAAAUUUUGGAAGGGAAUUAUGAAGAAAAGGUUGCAUGCAAAUGGAUUUUGGAAAAGGUGGGGCUUACAAGGUUUCAGAUAGGGAAAACCAAGGUUUUCCUAAGAGCUGGUCAGAUGGCAGAGUUAGAUGCACGGAAGGGGAAAGUACUUGGCGAGUCGGCAAUGGUUGUUCAAAAGCAAAUUAGAUCUCAUUUAAGUCGUAAACGUUAUGUUUGUAUGUGCAAGGCUUCUAUGCAUAUACAAACUGCUUGGAGGGGAAAGCUGGCUCGUGAAUUAUAUAAAGACAUGAAAAAUGAGGCAGCUGCUGUCCAAAUUCAGAAAACUUUUCGCAGACAAGUAGCUAGAAGAAACUACAUUGAUGCCAAAUCCUCAGCAAUUGUCUUGCAGACAGGACUCCGGGCCAUGGUUGCUCGUAAUGAAUUGAGAUAUAAAGCGCAAAACAAGGCUGCAGUUAUUAUUCAGGCAUAUUGGCGACGUCAUAGUGCUCUUUCAUUCUAUAAGAAGAUAAAAAAAGCAUCAGUUCUUUCGCAGAGCAUGUUUAGGAGACGAACUGCCAGGAGAAACCUUAAGGAGCAAAAGAUGGCUGGAAGAGACAAAGAAGAGGAUGGAACUCUAGAACAAGUGGACAAACUGACAUACAAAGAGCCAGAAAAACAAUUGAUCUUCGAAGGACAAGAGAAAGCCGAGUUCCACCAUUCUCCCCUAGCUCUAGCUGUGCCAAACCAAGCAGACAAAACCAAUGCAUUUCCUGUUAGAGAGCAUGAGGUUACAGAAAAAGCAUAUGAAUUUUGUCCUAUCAUUGAAGAAAUAUCAAGACCCAUCCAAAAUGCUUCAAAGAUUGAGAUUCUUACGAAAGAAGUGGAAAAGCUAAAGGCCCUCUUGCUAGCAGAAAAGAAAAGAGCUGAUGAAUCUGAAAAGAAACAUGCUGAAGCCCAAGAAUUAAGUGAGAAAAGACACAAGAAAUUAGAAGAAACUGAAAGAAGAGUUUAUCAGCUUCAAGACUCUUUGAACAGGCUAUUGUUUUGUAUGUCUGACCAAUUUUCACAACUGAAAAAAAUUUUACGUUCUCCAUCAAAUUCGACAUCAACCUCUCAGCCCAUUGUUCGAGACAAUUCCUUUGAUACUUCUGACAACUCUGAUGCUUCAUCAAGUGACUCAGAUUUCACAUUUCCAGCUCCAGUUCUUACUUCAGCUAACAUCUCUUCUCUCCCUCCUAAUGCUCUCCAGCGGACUGUUAAGGAUGUUUCAGCCACUGAAACAGGUUCUGAAGACAGUGAUAAGGAGGGAGCAUUUGAUGACUACUUCUGAUGGAUCUUGUUGUGCUAGUUGCCUGUUAUGUAGAUGACAGAUUAAACAUAGUUUUAGUAGCAUUAUAGUGUAGACAGCAAACUCAAACGGGUUGUUACACACACCACAUACAAAAUUGUAAAUAGCAGUAAGAUUCUUAGGAUUCUUUAGGGUAAUUAAUCAGCUAAUUCUUUGAAAAUGUCAUUUCCUAGGAGAUCUGCUUUGCUUUUGUCUGUUCACUGACAUUCGCUGUGAUUUCACUUGUCUCUAACAAGGGGUCGGAAGUGCCAAGACGAGUAUGUUGAAGAUUAUAGCAUUUUUAGUUCUCUGCAUUGUCUAUAUAUCAUUUUGGUAAUGAAAAACGAAAUGAA